CAACUUUUUGAGCCUCUCAUUCUUCCGGCGACAACGAACAGAGAUACCCCCCAAAACACGCUCCCACCGACCGCCGACGCCUGAAAUUUGGACUCAACAUUAUUUUCAACAUCCCGCGAUCGACCUUGCCGCCGAUUUUCUGAACCAUAAGCCAUGGGUGUUGCAAAAAAGACCAGAAAAUUUGGACAGGUGAAGCGAGUCAUCGGCCGCCGCGAUGCUCGGUUAAAGGAAAACCAGGCCAAGGCUGAGCUGGCCGCGAAGGAGAAGGCGGCCAAAAAGACCGUCGGCGGCGAGCUCGUCCGCGAGGCGCCCCAAAUGCCCAGCAACAUGUUCUUCCAACACAACACAGCCCUCGUGCCGCCCUACAACGUCCUCGUCGAUACCAACUUCCUCUCCCAUACCGUCCAGCGCAAACUAUCGCUCGUCGACUCCAUGAUGGACUGCCUUUACGCCAAGUGCAACCCCAUCAUCACCUCGUGCGUCAUGGCUGAGUUGGAGAAGCUGGGGCCCAAGUACCGCCUUGCGCUGCGCGUCGCCCGUGACGAGCGCUGGCAGCGGCUCGAGUGCGACCACAAGGGUGUGUACGCCGAUGACUGCCUCGUCGACCGCGUGCAGAAGAACAGGAUAUACAUUGUCGGGACCAACGAUAAGGCGCUGAAGCAGCGUCUAAGGAAGAUUCCUGGUGUGCCGAUUAUGAGCGUGGCCAGGGCCAAGUACGUGAUAGAGAGAUUGCCUGGAGCACCGGAUUCAUAGAGCGUUUGUUUUUGAUGAAUUAGAUAAAAAUACUAUUUUACGACCCAUUA